AUGUCGGCGCCUUGGUCAGAGUCCGCCCCGCGAAGGAAAGCCAAUUACAAAGUCCGCUUUCGACAUGGUGUGUAUCCUGAUUUGGAAAGUCAGGCUACCAGGGCCGAUAUCAAGAAGUACGACUACUUCUUCGGUGCGGCGCAGAGAUGGGUUGUGGACUUUGUCGACGAAUCGUCACUCAUAGCUGAAGAGUUCGAGGGCCCCGGAAGUGCUGACAAAAGGAAGACACCAAGACAUCUGGUUCGCUCCAGGACGGCUGAGAAGAUACCACAGUCGGUAUCGAGGAAGAGUCCGCAAGGAAGAGAGCGACACAUGCGCCCGACGAGUCGAAGCUGGAAUGAUCGAGUGCUCAUACCCGCAGCACCACAGACCACGCCUGACCUAUGGCAGCUUCCGUCGCAUAUCCGGCGACACACAAGCCCUGCACCUGGCUCAGUCUCAAGUCUCUCCAGCCUUGACGAGCCCCUGCCGGGAACUUGGAACUCUGAUAUCCCCUCGCCACAUCCAUUCGUUCCAACGAACCAUGCUUCACCGGUAGCAUGGCCGAUACCUGACCCAAUCGAAGCAUAUCUUUUUCGGUUCUGGGUAGAGAAAGCAUCAGACGCACUAGACAUAAUGAGUCCUGCUAGCAUCUUCAAGAAUAUCGUCCCAAAGCUCGCUUUGACAAGCCCGAUGCUCAUGAACGCCAUCUUCAUGAUUUCCGGACAGUGUAUACUGCGCUUCGAUCCGUAUUUCCCCACCAGACCAUACGACUAUCAUGAGAGACUAUUGCAGAGUCUCAUACCGUAUAUUGCCGAGAAGGGACAAAUUGAAGAUGAGGCGACGCUGGUGGCCGCCAUGUUGCUGCGAAACUUUGAGGACUUCCAUGCGGGUACACAAGGACAAUCACAUCUCUCGACGUUUGAACUUUUCUAUGGUCCUGAAGGCUGGGUCUUCGAUAUGUCUAGCCCGGUUGUACAAGCUGCUCUGGUACUCCAUGUGCAUACCGAGGUCAGCCAAGCAUUGCUCAACCAACCCACUCUGCGCAUUAAUUAUGAAAACUUCAUUCUGCCAGCUCUAAUAUCGCCAAUCGAUGAAGUCUCGUGGGGAAAUCGAAUAUUAUGGCUGACUGCGCGCAUCUUGCAGUGGGCGCAAAAGAGCGUGCGGACGAUGGCCGAGUGGCAGUAUCUUCACAGUUUGGUCGAUGAGUGGGAAAGAAGGCGACCCGCAAGCUUCGAUGCCUUCUUUUACCAGGAAGGCAACCCACAUGCCGUUGGAGGAUAUCCGGAAUUGUGGUUCUCUGGCGCUUGUCAUGUACAUAAGUUUGGCACCGUACUGCAGGAUGACCAGGACCGAUGCAAGAUGAUCGAGUUUCUAGAAGAGGUGCAGGCCACAGGCAUGCCGACACGCACGUCGAUCGAGCAUCUCCAAGACCAGUGGAACUGGAGAUGGAACCAUUACGCAGGAGAAAUAAAUUAA